AAAAUGAACAUGUGUACAAUAAUCAUGUAGCCAACACAGGUACACACAAGCACAAAUAAACAGAUUCAUUUACAGGAUUUUCUGUAUUUUGCUAACAGUCUCAGUUACUUACAUAUUAGAAAUAAACUAAAAUAAGCUGUGUUUGUUUACAAGACUGUUACUUAUUGUGUAAUCUGUUGUAAUAUUCAAACUGAAAAAAGUAAUAAAUGUAUUUAUUUAUUUAUUUAUUUGUUUAUUUAACAGGGACAAUGUAUGGCAUUCAGCCAUACCAGAAUUAGCUACAAGCUAAAUUUCAUCUGUAGUCCCUGGGCAGGACAAGGUAACAUACAAUUAACAAUCACAUAUAAAUAUACCAUAAAACGUCAUCACUCAAGUAGCCUUUCAGACAACAAAGUUUCACAUUCUUAAAAACCCAAUAAAACAAAACAACAGAACAAAAUAAAAUGCAAUAUUAGGUAAUAGACACAACACUACAAUGUUAGGAUACGACAGAAAAUUAGUUUUUUUAAUUUAUGAUUAAUGGGUACAUGAUUAUAUCGAUUUUAGCCAUAAUUUUAUUUUGUAUUUAAAACAAGUAAAUGAACUGAUGUCUCUAAUCUCAUUUGGGACUGAAUUCCAGUACUUAGAGGCUCUGAUAGAGAAGGCUGAUCUGCCAAACUCAGUACGUCUGUGCUGUACGGCGCAGUGACCUCUAUUGUUUGCCCUGGUAGUUCUCCGACUAUCUGAGAGCAAUAAUAUGAACUCAAAAUGUGACACAAUCUGGAUUUUUUUCCCCAUGUACAACGACAUCUGGCUGAUUUUAAUUUUUCCUUAUAUAAAAAUACAUACACACAGUUUUACUGACAUUUAGCGUCAUGCAAGACUCAGAGAGCCAAGUGGCAAUUUUUGCCAUUGCUGCUGUUAAUUUGGUUGCCACUUCAUAUCUGUCUCUUCCAUGUGCCAGAAUGACUGUGUCAUCUGCAUACAUUUGGGUGUCAACUUGAGGACAUGCUAGUGGUAGAUCGUUAACAUAUAGACUGAAUAACAAAGGGCCUAAGACUGAGCCUUGCGGGACGCCAACAGAACAGCAACUGAAAGAUGACAUUUUAUUCCCAACUCUGGUGCUUUGUCUUCUCAUGGUGAGAUAGGACUCCAUCCAUUUCAUAGCAUCAUCGGAAAAAUUUAAGUUUGACAACUUGGAAAGAAGAACAUUAUGAUUUACUGUAUCGAAAGCUUUUUUUAAAUCCAGAAAAACUGCUCCUAUAGCACCCCCACUGUCUAGUUUUGAUUUGAUUUUUUCAACAAAAUAGCAAGUAGCCAUUUCAGUCGAGUAAUUUUUCCUAAAACAAAUUGCAUUGGAUGAAGUAUUUGUCCAGAAUUUAGAAAGUCAGUUAACUGCUCAGUUACCACUUUUUCUGCAAUCUUUGAUGCCACCGGCAAAAUGCUGAUAGGUCUAUAGUUAGCCACAUCAGUAGGUUCCCCUGCCUUGAAAAUCGGAACUAACACUGCAUUUUUCCAGGCAGCUGGGAAAAUUGAUUGCUUUAUCGAUAAAUUGACUAGGUGUGUAAUGGGGGUGCUAAGGGAGUGAAUAUUGUUCUUUAAAAAUGUUGAAUCCCACUUGAAUGUGUCCUUUGCCUUUGAGAGCUUUAAAGUGCUUAUUGUCUCACAAAUUUUAUUUUCAGGAACUUCAGUUAUCUUAAAAAUGGUCUUAUUAUAAUCUGGUGUUGCUAUAUUUUUAAUUCUUGCACCAAAAGUGUCAGAUAAAUUCUGCACUGAUAGGGUAAAAUAAGUAUUAAAUACAGAAGCUAUUUCACUGGGGUCAUUAUUUAAAAUUCCAUUAAUUUUUUAGCUUAUAUCCAUUUCCCUGAUUUUGCUUCUUGUCUUUCUUUGUUAGUUUAUUUAUGUUGCUCAAUAUCAAUUUACUAUUUCCUUUUCCGUCUUUAAUAAUAUCCAUAAAGAACUUUGCCUUUGCUUUCCUUAGUUCAUUGACCACUUUAUUACGAAGGUUUGUAAAAAUUUGUCUGUCAGUAAUUAAUUUAGACUUCAGUGCUACUUUCAAGGCAAAGUCACGUUUUUUCAUCAGGUCCCACAAAUGGUCAUUAAACCAUGGUAGGUUGCCCUUACGCCGUCCAUUCUUAAAAAUUUUUGUAUAUUUUUCUUUAAGUCUAUUUAUUGUACCAAUGAAGGACUCACAGGACGCAUCUAUAUCAUAUGUGAGCAAAACAUCCUUCCAAUCAUUUUGACUUAGUUCUUCUUUAAACGCAUUCAUAUCAUGUUUCCCUAUUCCAUAGGAGUUUUUGAUUAUCUCUCGUUGGUAAAUAAUCCGUUUUUUUUUUUUAUUUCCUUGCAAUAAGAGUCAUGUUAUGAUCUGACAAACCAGUGAGAAGAUUAUAAGAUUUUAUCAUUCUCUCUGGUUUGUUACUGAAAAUAAGAUCAAUUUGUGUUUUUGAGACGUUUGUUAUUCGUGUGGGUCCAUCUAUUAGUUGAGUCAGUUCAAACUUGUCUGUAAGUGCUUUUAGCUUUUUUCUAGUUGCUUUUUCAGCCCAAUUUAAAUUAAAAUCGCCCAGAACUAUACAUUCUUUCUUUGUAUCCAAUAAUUUAAGCAGGUUCUUAAAAUUUUCAUAAAACGUGACAUCAUAUGACGGUGGUCUAUACACACCAAUCACAUUAAAUAGCAUCUGCUGAGAGAGAGUAAUAGUAAUGGCAAUACAUUCAAGUUCAUUUACACAUGUUAGAUCAAUUUGUUCGCAUCUAAUGUUAUCUCUCACAUACAUAAGUAGCCCGCCACCUCUUACCUUGUUUCUGUCCUUCCUGAAAACCUUGUAGCCAGGCAUUAUGAAUGAGGCUUCGGGUGACGAUUUGGUUUAACAUGUUUCAGACAGAGGAAGUCCAAAUUUGAGUCAGUAAAAAGGUUUUCUAGUUGUUCCGUUUUUGCUCUUACACUACGAAUGUUAAGGUGACCUCCGAUGAGGCCCCUUGGCUUUGCGCAUGGGUCCCAAAUAAUUUUGGAGUGCUGAACAGUUUGGAAGAGACCGAUGUUGAAAUGUUUUGUAACUGCUGGGUUUCCGUGUGAGUGUCUCUGUUGGUCGGCAUUACCUGGAGUUACGAGCGUGCUCGCCGGGGGUAGAGCUUGCACCACGAUGGGUCCUGGGUUCAGCUGGACAUCACCAGCAAGGAGAAGUGUAGCAAACAGGUACGUGAGCAGCUUUCUGUAAAAGCGUGGAGCUUUAGAUCUAUCACUCGCAGUGUUAGUUUGCUCGCCUGGCGCUGUUGCUCUUCCAUCCCGUAGUAUUGCCGUGUAGAGGGUGAAUCGGCUCCAUUCAUUAUGUAUAACAGGUUGUGUUGGUGGUAGUGCGGUGUCAGAUCACCUGAUUGAUCCCACAGCCGCGGACAGAAAGGAUCAGCAACACUAUAAUAUAGACCAAAAAGGCGGAUCGCUGUAUAAAGUCCUCAGUUCUCGGUACAUACCAGUACUUGUUUUUUGUAGUAUGGUUACUAUCAUAGCAUUUUUCAGCCACUUUAGACGGUGCAGAUGAAAACAAACAUAAAAGUUUGGUGAGCACACCUGUGGCUCCUGCCAAGCCACUACCCGUCAUGUUAUUUUAUAUUGUAAGAAAAAAAGAAAGAAACUGUCAGUGAAGUAUUGUAUGUGGAUUUACAGUAACACUAGUUUGUCUUUACUUGUCAUGUCAGCUGGAUUCUUGGUAACAAAUGAUGAGAAAAAAACAGGGAGGGACAGAGCUUAGAGAGUGUUUUCAUACUCCAUGAAAGUAUGGCUACAGCAAGUCAACAGGCAGAACUUCCUCUUCAAGUAGAGGAGUGGACGAGAGAGCAAGUUUAUUACUGGCUGACUGAGGUGAUUAAAGUGGAUAAAAAACAUGCAGACAAGCUGUACGAGGAAGAAGUAUCCGGGGAAGAACUCAUCUGUUACCAGCCCAAACAUCUCCAGGAACUUGGUAUUAAGCAUGGUCCAGCUGUUAAGAUUAUAACCCGGUUAGAGACGUUAAAGAAAGAACAACAAGAAACAUAUUCUUCUGACAAUUCCUAUACACAGCACACAGAGGCCAGGCUAAACACAACAGUGGGAAACGAAGACAGCAUUUCAACAGAUCAAACGCAGAUAGCUAAAAAUGGCAAGAAAUCAAAGAGGAAAUCACACAAAAAAGAAAAUACAGUUCUUAAAAGUGCUAAUUCCACAGACAAAUUAAUUCAAUCGGGAAAAGAUUCAAUGGAUAACAUCUCCAAAAGCACACCGAAAGAAGACCCACAACUAAAUGCACCUGUAAGCGAACUCCCUUCACAAAACAAAAACAUUCCACUUUCAGAAACUUCACAAGAAAUUGAACCAACAGAGUCAGCUGACCCUAAAACAUCAAACAUUAAUGCUGAUAAAGUAGUUGACAAGGAAAAGCACAUGAGGAGGUCUAGAUCCAUACAGCAGUCAUGUAGUCUCUAUCCAUUUGAUCAGAACUCUGCUUCUCAUCGAUAUAUACAAAACUACACUUUACCACCAGAGACGGGACCGGGUAAUCUGACUGAUCCAGUUCAAGAGUACAAGUUUAUGGGCAGAACAGAUGACAUUGAUGUAAUAAAGAAGAAGUUCAAUAAAGAGGUGUUUCGCUUUGCUGCUGGGUGUAUGAACAGCCGCACAAAUGGAACCAUCCACUUUGGUGUAGCAGACUCCAAAGAUUCUCAAUAUGCUCAUGGUGAGAUUAUUGGGGUCAGUGUAGACAAGAAGGACACUAUCAUUGAUCACUUUAACCAGGGCAUUAAAUCACACUUUGACGAACACACAGAUGAAGCAAAGCAAUGCAUCAGACAACCACGCUUUGUUGAAGUUCUCUGCCCUGACGGCACUCUAUCUGGCAAAUAUGUCAUAGAAGUGGAUGUAGUUCCAUCCCACAGCAUAGUUCAGGGUAAAUUGUUUUAUAUCCAGACACUGGAUGAGGAAAAUCAAUGGAAAAAGAGCAAAGAAAAAUCACUUUUCAUCAGAGAGGGGGCUGCGACCCAUGAUAUCUGUAAAAUUGGUAAUACAAGAGAAUUUCAAUCUGAAAUAGCCCGAAUAAAUAAAAAAGUAAAUGUUCUGGACAACAUGAGGAAAGAGGCAGAAAAGAGGCCUCUAAGCAAAGGAACAUCCAACCAGGGGGAAAAGCUGAAGAACCUGUUGACAUACGGAGGAAGCAGACUGGAUCAUUAUGAUUACUAUAUCAUUGUAACAAACAAAAGUCACCCUGAACAACUCCAGCAUCUUCAGUUCAUGACAACACUGAAACUGUUUUGUGUAUUGGACUUUGAUCCGAACUCUGUAGUAAAUGGGUCAUGCCACAACUACAGAGAUGUUCGGAUUGCAAAUCUUCACAAACCAAGUCAGUUCCAUGGAGAUCCAGGGACAAUAGUUAAAAACCUUAACUUAUACAAACAAACAAGCUGGGUAUUUUGUAAUGGCAGAGAAGAUCUCAACACUGAAUCUGACAGACCACUUCAAUCAAAUGAAUGGUUAAAACACAAAGCUGGAGAGGUACAAGACAUGAUUUCAUUCCUCUGCAACAAAGACACUCUUCCAAGAGGACGAUUUCUAGUCAUAUUCCUCCUACUCUCCACUGUUGAGGCCUCAGUCGAUCCAAUUUUUGACACAUUCAUGUCAUUUUAUAAAAACCUUGGGGGUGCAGAAAACACAUUAAGUAUUUGCACUUCAGAUACGUCCUUUCAAAAAUGGAGGGAUUUCAUUCAAGCCCGAUGUGAUGAUGAUAUCAGUCAGCGGAGCAUAUAUGACCUGGAGCUCAGUGAAAUCAAUGGGACAAUACUGAAACUGUGCCAGAACAAGCAAAAUGCUCAAAGACUUCUUCCAUCUGCUGAGGGAAGUUCAGUGAUUCUCCAAAAGAAAGAUGAGGAUCUUAUGACAUCCCUUGAUAUCCUGUGUGAAAAUGAAUGUGAAAACGAAUACGAUGAGAGCUCUGCAGAAUUUGAAGAGUUCAAAAUUAAAACCGAGUCUGAGUUCUAUAGAGGAGGCAAAGUGAAAUGGUGGAACUUCUAUUUCUCAGAGCAACCUGCAGCAAAGCCAUUCAUAAAACGAGACAAACACUCAAAACUAGAGAGUAGUAUCAGAUCUCAGAACAAAAAUUGCAAAAGUUCCUGUGUCACAGUGAAUCUCUUUCAUCACCCGGGGUGUGGCGGCACCACCAUGGCCAUGCAUGUGAUGUGGAAUCUGCGAAAAGAAUUCCGAUGUGCAGUGCUGAAAGACAACACCAUUUCAAAGGAAGAAGUAGCCCAAGAUGUUACUCAUCUGAUUAAGUGUGGAAAAAGUGAGAAUUCAUUAAAAACACCAGUCCUGCUAUUAGUGGAAGACUCAGAGGAAACAGAAAACACUCAAGUACUCAAGCACUCAUUGAGGACAAUCACAGGAGAAACAGGGGCAACUGUCAUCAUCUUAAACUGCAUACGUACAAAAACCCCACAAGACAGACACAACAAAAGUGUAGACCAGAGUGAGUUCAUUACAGCAAAGCUAUCUGACAAAGAAAAAUUAGCUUUUGAAAUGAAGCUUAAAGAACUUCAAGAAAUAAAGUCUUUCACAACUGAGAACUUCUACAGUUUUAUGAUCAUGAAAACUAAUUUCGACCCAGAGUAUGUUGCAAAUGUUGCAACUAACAUUCUGAAAGAUUUCACAGUUUCAGAGAGUAAACAAACACGUCUCUUCUGCAUUCUGGCUUUGCUGAAUUCAUAUGUGGCUGAACCAGCUGUCUCGAGAUCUAUAUGUGAAGAUUUUCUGAGCAUCAAGAGUGUAUUUUGGGGAAGAGAGUCUGUGCUGGAAGAGAUGGAGCCCUACUCCUGUUUGUUGAUUGAAUUUGGGGCAGAAGAAUAUGGGGGAUUCAAAGCAAUUCGCUUUGUUCAUCAACAUCUUGCAACAGAAUGUGUCAAACAACUAGAGAACACACAUAACUGCUCCAGAGCGGACAUAGUUCUUGACAUGCUGCAUUGUGAUGCCUUUUUCAAAACUUUUGCAGUGAAGGACGUUCUUGUACAAUCAAUGAAAAGCAUGCUGAUCACUCGUCAACGCAAGACAGAAGGUGAUGAGAAAGACACCCUGUUUUCACCACUGAUAGAAGACAUAAACUCCAGAGAAGAUGGUCUGAAUAAAAUACAAAAGAUUUUUAUUGCAGCUUCGGAAAGGUUUGAUAAAGACUUCACAAUUCCUCAAGCUCUAGCAAGACAUCUGUACCUGAAAGAGAAGAACUUUGCUGAAGCUAAAAGGUGGGCAGACAUUGCAAAAGCCAUCAAAGAAAACUCCUACACUGUAGAUACAGUUGGACAAGUUGCAAAAACUGAAUUAAAAAACAAACUAGAGUGUAAAAAACAAGAGAAUAAACCAUGCACAGCUGAAGACUUGAGUGAGUAUCUUGAGUUAGCAAGCACAGCCACCAAAGCUUUCAGAAAAGCUCAAACCUUGGCAAAGACCGAUGAUGCCCUAGAAAUUGAACAGGAACUUCACAGAAAGUUAAGCCCUUAUAACAUAUCUGGGUACAUGGGUGAAAUCGACACAGCCAUGACUGUUUUUGACAUCAUCAAAAAACUGCCAUUGUUUAAGAAAUGUGAUCCAAUGAAAGAUCAUUACAUCCAGAGCUUUCUCAAAGGAAAUCUGCCCUGCACCAAUAUCCCAGUUUGGGAAAACAAAUCCAAUCAUGAAUUUGUUGCUGUUCUGCAGAACUAUGAAUCUUUCCUUACAUCUUUAAAAUCACAGGUGAAAGAGGCAUUUGAUUUCCUUGAAAUUUACUUCACUUACAUGAAAGAAAAGGGAUCUGACAAUAUGAGAGAUGCAAAGACUCGCAAGAGGAUCUCAGAACACUACCAAUACUACAUCUCAUUAUUCUGCACCUCUCCAGAGGACGAACAAAAAGAGAAAAAGCAGAAACCAACACUGAGUUUGAAUAUGGAGAUUGAAGAGUGCAGAAUGUUCCUCGAGAAAAACAGGGCUGAUACCUUCCCAGGCCUUCUCCAGGUAUUGGAACCCAAAAAAGUGUCAGUAGAACAGAUUGCUGAAAAAUACUCAUUCAUUUAUAAGAAUUCUGCCAUCAAAACUACAAAGGACAAAACAAAUCAUCUGCUUGCACACUUAAUCCUUCAGCUGAUUUGCUCAAAAUCAAAGUUAGCCAAAUCCACAGAAGAACUCAAUGAUCUUUUAAAAGAAAUUUUGCAAGAUGUUGGUACACAGCACCAAUACCCAGAGCCUUUCUACCUUGCAAUCCUUUUGCUCUGGCCAGGAAAAAAUGUCAGCAGCACUGGCAUUAAGACAUAUGUUGAUAAAAUCAGAAGCUCAGCAAGAAAGAAUCUUUCCCAUAUGUACCGUACAAGGUCAACCAUUGCACACUUCUUCCUGGGGACAUCUGAUGGAAUACAGAGGCUGGUGACUAAAGUUUCCCUUGACAGAUCUGAGAGUGUCAGUAAUGUUAAGAAUCGCAACAUUCUCUGGCAAACAGGAGAAAUUUUUAAGGAAACCCCAAUAAAUAGCAAGCUCCUAAGAGUGAGAGGUACAAUUGAACAAGGUGAGGUGUUCACAGAGUAUGGAAAUCUCAAGAUCCCAUUGCGCCCUGCAUUUCUAGGUGGAGUGAGAAGUGGCUACAGCACAGAGAAUGUGUCCUUCUACAUCGGCUUUGCCAUGGAUGGACCGCUUGCUUACGACAUUCAGUACGAAGACGACAGAUAGAUCACUAUUUUUAAACAUUUAACCACACUUAACUAGAAAGCAGAAAAAACACAUUGUGGAUGAAAUUACAAUAAUAAAAUAAUAAAUAAAUAGUGUGAUUAAUGUUGAUUAAUCAUCUUGUCUUUAUAAGCCUUCAGUUUCUCUCUGUUAUACAUUCAGGACUGAUGUUCAUUUAAUGGUACAUGUUUGUUGAUGCUAUUUAUCGUUCCUUUUCUUUAUGUUGAAGUUGGAAUUAAAGACCCUAAACGUUACUCCUUCGUUGUGUGCUUUCUACAACCACAAACCACAUACUGUGACACAUUUAUGCUGAUUUGAGAUGUUUGUA